UGGGGCUGGACUGGGUUGUGUGGUGCUGCUCUUCCAAAGGUCACCGGCACCUACAGCGCCCUCAUUCUCUCUCUUGCUCUCUUCCCCUUGGUCGGAGCCGCCAUGGUGAACCUACGUGUGUGCGCGCUGGAGUGCGAGGCGCUGCGAGCACUGUUGCAGGAGCGCGCCGCGCAGUGCCUCGUCCUCGACUGCCGCUCUUUCUUCUCCUUCAACGCCGCGCACAUCCGCGGCUCCUGCAACGUCCGCCUCAGCACCAUCGUCCGCCGCCGCGCUAAAGGCGCCCUGGCUCUGGAGCACGUCGUUCCCAAUGAGGAGCUCCGCGCCCGCCUGCGCCAAGGGCUGGUCCACACCGUGGUGCUGCUGGACGAACGCAGCGCUGACCUGGAGCUGCCCAAGCGCGACAGCACGCUGCUGCUGGCUCUCGGCACUCUCUGCAGGGAGGCUCGUGGCGCUCGCAUCUGCUUUCUCAAGGGUGAGUGGCCCCGGGACCGCCCCGGCCGCCGCCGGAGGGGAAGGGGAGGGGGCCGCAGCCAGCUUGGCAGUGCCGCCCUCGGGGCUCUACUUGCCCUCGGUGGCCGAGCUUCGCUCACCCGGCACCUCUCUCUCCCCUCUGCCCCUGCAGGAGGUUACGAAGCUUUCUCGUCCGUCUGCUCCGAACUCUGCACCAAGCCAGCCGCUCCCACCGGGCUCAGCCUGCCCCUAAGCGCCAGCAGCGCGCCAGGCAGCGCCGACUCGGGAUGCAGCUCCUGUGGCACUCCACUCUACGACCAGGGUGGGCCGGUGGAAAUCCUGCCGUUCCUCUACUUGGGCAGCGCUUAUCAUGCCUCUCGAAAAGACAUGCUGGAUGCUUUGGGGAUCACAGCGUUAAUCAACGUCUCAGCGAACUGCCCGAACCACUUUGAAGGGCACUACCAGUACAAGAGUAUCCCCGUGGAGGACAACCACAAGGCAGAUAUCAGCUCCUGGUUUAACGAGGCCAUCGAUUUCAUAGACUCUGUUAAAAAUGAUGGAGGAAGGGUAUUUGUGCACUGCCAGGCUGGCAUUUCCCGCUCAGCAACCAUCUGUCUUGCUUAUCUCAUGAGGACCAACAGAGUCAAACUGGAUGAAGCCUUUGAGUUUGUGAAACAGAGAAGAAGCAUCAUCUCCCCAAACUUCAGCUUCAUGGGGCAGCUGCUUCAGUUUGAAUCACAGGUCCUUGCCCCCAACUGCUCAGCAGAAGCUGGUAGCCCUGCAAUGUCAGUACUGGACAGAGGAGCAUCGACCACCACUGUCUUUAACUUUCCAGUCUCCAUCCCUGUUCACACCUCAUCCAGUGCUUUAAGCUAUCUUCAGAGCCCCAUCACCACUUCCCCAAGCUGCUGAAAAGUGGGUGAAAUAUUAUCAGAACUCAGACUUACUGUCUCAGAAGUGCAAUAACUACAGGGACAGUGUCAUCCGUCACUGGUGUUUUGUGGGGAACCAUCCCAGAACAAUGUCAUAAAUGGAGAGAAGUUCACAUGAUGCCAGAGCACUAGGUGUAUUGACUUUUCAAGCCAAUAUCUGGAUGUCUACUCAAAGAUCAAAGGACACUGUCUCUUCUUGAGCGGCUCCUCCUUGUCUUCUGUCUGUCCUAAGCCUGCUCCAUGUUUAGUAGCAUGCUCACCAGUAUUCCCAUUCCUGGACACUUUGAGCAACACUGCUGUCCCCUUUUGUAUGACAGCCCUAUUUAUUUUUACACUAGUGCAUUGGGGGGGGGGGGUGCCUUCACAAACCUAGAGUUUCAUUUCUAGAGAAACCAAAUACCUCAGUAUUUUUUGGUACUGUAAUCCCAUGUGUGUCCAUAUCUGUCUGCUCUUCUUGUUCCCCAAGCACUGACGUGAAAGCACCAGGCGAGUGCUUUUUUUUUUUGAGUUGCCAAGGGUUGUAUGUUUGGUUUAUUUAUGAUGUGAAAUAAUAUAUUUCUUCUUAUGAAGACAUAGUUUUGUUACAUAACUUUUUUUAUACAAACAGAAUAAAUUAUGAUAUUUCUAUUGA